ACACGGACGAGCCGGUGUGCCGACUGUGUUCCAAAGUGGUGGCAACAAAAAAAUGGGAAUACAACAAACUUACAUGCCCACCUAAGGCAUAACCACCCGACCCAGUUUUCCCAGCUGGAGAAAAAAAGUGCCCCUCAGGAUGCAGAUGCUUCGUCUCGACAGUCUACACUCACUGAGGCGUUUGGUCGACAAAGCAAAUACAAACGGAACAGCGCAAAAUGGUGCAAGCUCACAGAUAGUGUAGUUCGCUACGUCGCUAAAGACAUGCUUCCAUUUAACACAGUUGAAAAGCCAGCAUUUAGAGAAAUGCUGCAAACAUUUGACAGACAGUAAGAAUUGCCUGGUAGAAAAUACAUGUCACAAACGGCAAUUCCAGAACUUUACAACAGAGUGAAAGAUGACACAUUGAAGGAAAUCAAAGACAUCGCAUUUUACUCUGCCACUACAGAUAUGUGGUCAAGCUCAAACAUGACCCCCUACAUGAGCUUGACCAUACACUAUAUAACUGCUGACUGGACCCUGCACUCCAAGUGUUUAGAGACCAGAUAUGUCCCUGAUAACCAUACUGCUGACACCCUUGCAGAAAACCUUAAGGCAGCUUUAGCAGACUGGGGACUGGAUGAGAACAAACUAGCCCGCAUCACUACAGACAAUAGUGCGAAAAUUGUAGCUGCAAUAAGGAAUCUUGGCUGGCCAUGGCUUAAUUGCUUUGGCCACAACCUCCAUCUUUCUGUGUCCCAUGGUCUGGACAGCGACAACGAUCGGACAGCCUGUGCCAUAGGACUCUGUAGAAGUUUGGUCAGCAUAUUUCACAUGAGCUGGAUAAAGAAGAGAGACCUGAGGAAGGCACAGGCUGAGGCCAAUUUCCCCAAACAGAAUCUAGUGCUGGAUACUGCCACACGAUGGGGCACUAAGCAGAAUAUGGUAGAGAGGGUGCUGGAGCUGCUCCCAGCCAUAAGACGUGUCCUGGUUGAGGACAGAAAACAUGGCCACCUCAACCCAACCUGGCAGGAUGUUUUUGUGUUGGAGUCCAUCAACGCAGCAAUGAAGCCACUGGCUGACUUCACAUAUGUCCUCUCAGGGGAAAAAUACAUCACAGUGUCCUCAGUUAAGCCUGUACUGGAACUGAUUAAAGGUGAAUUUCUCUCUCCAGGACCCAAUGACACUGCACUGACAUCCAAUGUUAAACAAAACAUGUGCAGGGUAAUGACUGAAAACUACAGCUCACCUGCAAUCCAAGUCCUCCUGAGAAAGGCCACCAUCUUGGAUCCAAGAUAUCGUGGCACCAUGGAGGAGGCAGAGGCAUUGGAUGAUGUCAAACAUCAGUUUGUGCAAGAGCUGCUGGACUUAAAAGAGCCAGAAGGAAGUGGAGAAGGUACCAGUGGUGAGAGCUGCAGCACAGCUGCUGCUAGAGGAAAUGAGGAUGAACCUCCUGCACCCACAAAGAAGAGGCUGAGUGACCUUCUUCAAAACAGAAGAGCUCACCUCACAGGUCAUUCCCAGGCUGCAGUUCCAAAAAGAGUGCAGGCUGCUGUAGAGCUGACCAAGUUCCUCCAGGAAGAUACACUUGAUGCAUCUUCUGAUCCCUUAAUGUGGUGGCGUGACAAUCAAAGAAGAUACCCUUUGAUGGCUAAGUUGGCACAAAAAUACAUGUGCAUAUGUGCAACAAGCACCAGCUUGGAGAGAAUGUUUAGCACAGCUGGCAAUAUUGCUACUCCAGAGAGAUCCUGUCUUAAGCCACACAAAGUCAACAUGUUGGUUUUCCUUGCUCGGAAUCUGCCAAACUAAAGUAGCUACAGAUUUGCAUAUGCAAGUGUUUGUGUUGUUACUCUGCACUUUUUGUUUACAAAGGUCCUAACUGGAUUGACAGUGUUACCUGUUAUGGAAUGUACAACUCUAUACCUCUGUGCCUAAAUGUUCAAUAUUUAUUUAAGUGCAAUUUUAUUUGUGGAGACUUUAUAAGCCAUUUUAUUUACUUUUUUGGUUGUGGUUUUAUAUUUGAGUGCUGUUUUUCUUAACAAAGACGGGGUCUUUUUUAUUGUUUUUGGUUGUGAUUUUUAUUCAAUGCAAUUCUUGCUAACAGAGAGUGAGAGUCCAUUUUAUUUUUUGUUUGUUUUAUUUAUUUAGGAUAUUUAAAUGUUAAAUUACAAUUACAAUGGUAAAAAACACUCAGAAAUAAAAGUUUAUUGUAUUUGAAAAGGGUGUGCAUUAUUAUUAUAUAUUAUCAUGUUGACAAUAAUAUCGUUACUGCAAUAAUUUGUGGGACAAUAUAUCGUCCAGCAAAAUUUGUUAUCGUCCCAGGCCUAAUUGAGACAGAAGUUACAUUUAACACUUAAUAUGACGACAACAUAACUCACCAUAAGGUAUAAUUAUGGUGAGUUUGAUAGCAUAUCUAAUUAUCCAGUUAUCCAAAUAUCUGGAUCAAUAAGACAGGGCUCAUCCACAAAAAGCUGUCUACCAGCUCUCUGUUAGGGCUGCUUGUUGUGAACAAAGGAUCUGUUCACAAAAUAUAGUUAACAACCAUACAUAUCUACACUAGACAGCUACAUAACUGGGCUAAAACACCAAAUUAACGAUUUGAUAAAUAAAGAAAUGAUCUGUAUUUAUAUAGUGCUUUUUUAGUCAUGAUGAGUGCAUCUGUGGGCAGCUCUUAUUCUAUGAGGAGCAUUUUGGGGUUCAGUAUCAUGGACAAGAAUAAGCUCUACCCCCUCAAACACAGCCAAUUUCAGUAUGUGAGACAGUAAAACAGCUUUUAAUUCAAGAGAUGAGGAAUCACCUGAUACCUAACAUAAGGUAUUCACCUGCAGACAACAUAGACAGUCAACAUUUUAAACAGAUUUAAGUCAGUUAAAUGAAUCCGUGCAU